AUGCCCCUUGUUUCUACAGUGAAAGACUUUUCAUUUUAUUCUGACUCGGAGAAACAGAAGAAGAGAUAUGGCCUGGUUGUUGAGACUUUCACCAAAACUUUUCACCAGAAACCUGAUUUCUUGGUGAGAGCUCCAGGUAGAGUGAAUUUAAUGGGAGACCAUAUCGACUACUGCCAUUUUUCGGUAUUGCCCAUGGCUAUAGAAGUGGAUGUGAUUACCGCAGUAUCGAAAUCAGACGACAAUUCUGUGACAAUAGCAAACACCGAUGAAAAAUUCACCACGCAAACGUUUGACCUUCCUUCUGACGGCUCGUUAGUCACCAUUGACAAGAACCAGCAUUCAUGGGGAAACUACUUCAAGUGUGGAUUGCUCGUGGCUCACAAGUACAUAACUGAAACGUAUCCCGAGAAAACAGGGUCUGGAAAAAAACCAUUGAAAGGACUCCAUGCUCUCUUUGAUGGAACGGUGCCUACCGGCGGUGGGUUAUCAUCUUCCGCAGCAUUCUGUAUUGCUGCUACGUUGGCGGUGUUGAAGGCGAACGAUAUUAGCGACAUUACAAAGGAAGAUCUCACCAGAAUCACCGUUGUAUGUGAACAUUAUGUGGGGCUCAGUAACGGUGGAAUGGACCAAUGUGCAUCCAUUUACGGGGAACCCUCCAAGGUGCUCUUGAUUCUGUUCAAGCCCAAGCUCGAGACCACUCCGUUCGAGUUGCCCAAGACAAAACCGGAAGCUGUGUUCUUGAUUUCGAACUCUCUCGUCACCUCCAACAAAACCGAAACCGCACCCACCAACUACAAUUUGAGAGUGGUGGAAGUUGCCGUCGCUGCGGACUUGUUGGCCCACAAGUUGGGCUUGAAGACGGACCAGGACUCCAACUUGAACACAGCGACUCUUCGUGGAGCCUUCGAUGCUUAUUUCACUCAAAAAUUGGGAGAGCCUCACUGGGAUGGAAAAGACAUCAAUAUGGGAAUUGAGAGGUUGACAAGAAUUCUCGAGUACAUUGAAACUGUGUUUAGCGAUGAGGAAAAGAAGGGCUUUACUACCGAGGAAGCAGCAAAGGCCGCUGGAAAGUCUAAGGAUGAAUUUUCUUCCACAUACUUGAGCGCCUUCCCAGUCCGCUACGACCUACUCAAGAUAUACCAAAGAACAAAACAUGUCUUCUCCGACUCGUUGCGUGUUCUCCAGUGUAUCAAGGUUGCACGCGACUUCAAAGGAGACUCCGAAGACUACCUCCAGCAAUUUGGAAAGUUGAUGAACGAAUCGCAAGUUUCUUGCAAUAUUCUCAACAAUGCUUCUCCUCCAAAAUGUGAAGAGCUUUGCAGAAUUGCCCGCGAGAACGGCGCCUACGGAAGCAGAAUCACCGGUGCUGCCUUUGGUGGAUCCAUCGUACACUUGACCACCGUUGACCGGUUGCAAAAACUCAUCGAUGUGCUCACCACCGAGUACUACAAAAAGACAUAUCCUAACAUUACAGAAACCGAACUUAACGAGGCGAUUGUUGUUUCCAAGCCAGCGGAGGGCGCGUGUGUGGUGGACAUAUUGGAUAAGAUAGAAUAG